GGAGGAAUGGACUCGUUUCAGCGUCGAACAGAAGCGGCGCCAGCAGCUGAUGAUGAGGCUUCGCCAUCCGUCAGUACUUGGAAACGUGCAGUCAACUUAGCUCCAUCUCAGGUUGCGCCAGUCAGCCAGACUCCUGUUCCUGAUAUUACUCCUGACUCAGCCUCCUCUGCCGAUGCUCCUGAAGGAGAUGGGCAACAGAAUGGCGAAACUCCUGAUUCAACGGCUACAGUUAGCAGCAGUGGGGAAUGGAGGAAUACCUUGUCAUCUCGAUUACACACAUCUGAGGAGUCGACCCCAAGAACUUUUGGUUCACGCAUCUUACAGCGCCAAGGAUUAACACCCACAUCGGAAUCGGGCACUUCUUAUGGCUUCAGGUGA